CACUCGCCAGCUGAUCGGCCUCGACUCCCGGUGCGGUCCGUCGGACUGUACGCGGCCGUUAAUUUCUUGAUUUUUGACAAAAUUACCUCGAAUUCAUAGUAACGGCCGCUCGUGUCUGCAUCUUGCACAUCUUACGCUGCGUUUUCAGCUCGGGGAUUUCGUUGUAAAGCAUUUUUGAUUAAACGUCGAGCCGAGGAAUUCCCGCAAAAGCUUUAGGCCGCGAGCAGAUCCCCGUUGUUUCCUGCAGAAACCUGCCGCCUUCACAUCGCCGCCAUGGGGGACACAGGAAGCGAGCGCAGCAAGCCGCCUAGUAUUCCUCCCCGCUGCCCUUGUGGAUUUUGGGGGUAAGAUGAUUAAUUUUACACGUCCAGCAAAACCAUGAAUCUUUGCUCUAAAUGUUUUGCUGACAUACAGAAGAAACAGCCAGACGAGGACUGCACUCCAGAGGCCGCCCCCAGCUCAAGCAAUAGCCAAUCAGCAGUCUUCUGUAACGAGACGAGCAGCAGCAGUAGCCAAACCCUGUCCUCCAAGCCAGCCAGCUCUGAAGAACCCUCGACAGAAGCCACGCCUCUUCCUGCACAGGACGAAGUCUCCAGUACAGACACAGCUCGUGGCACGCUAUCCACUCCUACAAAACGACCCUGCGACUCAGCCUCAGGUUCAGAGAGCGAGUCUUCUCCGGAGAAGCGUGUUCGUGUCGGUGAGGCCUCAUGUUCUGAAGAUUCUCCACGAGUUCCCAAGCAAAAGAACCGUCGGCGGUGCCAUCGCUGCCAAACCAAACUGGAGCUCGUACAACAGGAGCUGGGGUCCUGUCGCUGUGGUUAUGUGUUCUGCAUGUUGCACCGGUUGCCGGAGCAACACGACUGUAUGUUUGACCACCUGGGCCGUGGCCGAGAGGAAGCUGUGCUGAAGAUGGUUAAACUGGACCGCAAGGUGGGCCGAACCUGCCAGCGCAUCGGAGAGGAGUGCUCUUGAACGCCCCCCUACACACACUCUCUCUCUCUCUCUCUCUCUCUCUCUCUCUUUCUCUCUCUCUCUCUCUCUCUCACUCACACACACACACACACACACACACACUUGUCCACCGACCACAUGACUCACUCACCUGUUAGUGGCAUCUUUUUUCCUCCAACACAUCUCAGAGGACCUACACCCCUGCUUGACCUCUGACCUGUGACCCCUCUCAGUAGCCUCGUGCUCAUCACACACAGGCGACCCGCACAGCCUUAACUUUCUGUUAUCUGUCCCUCCACACAUCCAAACGCAGGUCAGUAGGUCAGAUGAAUUUGGCAGUCUGCUUUGGAGAACUGCUCUCGUCUCAGAGGCUGCGAUCGACUCCAGGGGAAACA